AUGGACAAGGCGCCCAAGCCAAUCGAUGAGGUGGUUCUCGAGAUCCAAGGCACGGUAGCCAUCAUCAGAAUCAACCGACCGAAGAAGCUCGGCGCCCUCGCACAGGAUCAAUUCUUCCACCUUUCCCAGCUAUUGAGGCAUGUCGAUGCUAGAUCAGACACCUUUGUCACCGUCUUGGCCGGUACAGGGCGAUUCUUCAGCGCUGGCGCCGAUGUAGCUGCCGCUGGAAGAGACGUGGGACCCGCGGAUGAGCAGUACAAAAGACACCUGCAGUCAUUUGCGGCAUAUAAUAUGAAUAUUACGCAGGCCUUUUAUUCACACCGCAAGAUUCUGGUCGCUGCUCUCAAUGGUCCCGUCGUGGGCAUUGCUGCUGCUCUCAUUGGCAUGUGCGACUUUGUGUAUGCCGCGCCACAUGCAUAUCUGCUUUGUCCAUUUAGCUCACUGGGUCUUGUCGCUGAAGGCCUCUCCUCGAAAGCAAUGUUGGCCAGGCUGGGUCCAGCAAGAGGCCCCGAGGCACUCUUGAUGUCCAAGCGCAUUAGCUGCGCCGAGUUGGUGCAAUGCGGCUUCGUCAACAGAACGUUCGAAACAGAGCCGGAGGAGUCGGAAACUUUUUUGAAGCGCGUAUUAGAGGAAGUGAAUGAUCGACUGGGACCUCACCUGGUUCCGGAUUCGUUACUUCGCAUCAAAUCUCUGAUGAAGGCGCCUGAAAGGGACUUGUACGACUCUAUGGGAGUCAAAGAGAUAUUUUCGGGUUUGGAGGUUUUCAUGAAGGGAGUGCCCCAACAAGAGUUUCGGAAGAUUGCAAGCGGCGAGAAGAGGCAUAAGCUGUGAUGAUACCAGAGGUCCCAUUAGCGAGGAGGGAUAUUGUUUCUACAGGGUGCUACCGCGUGAUGGAUUACGUGCUCCUACAAACAAACACAACAGAGUGAAUUGAUAUCACACUCCCCCCUUAGCUACCUACAUUAUACAUACCUACCUUACAUUAGAC